AUGACAGCCUGCUCUCGGUGUCGGUCUAGAAAGCAGCGCUGUGAUCCAACUCCCGCUGGAUGCUCGAACUGUGACCGGGCCGGUGUUCCCUGUGUCAACACCGACUCCGACGGCCGGACCGCCCCCCGAAGUUACAUCAGGAAUCUCGAAGAUCGGGUUGCUUAUCUCGAAACGCAACUCGCCUCUCAUGGCAUCUCCAUCUCGGAGCUUUCCCCCGAAAGCCUCGCACUGAGAGCUCCGAGAGCCCCGAACGAGUCCGGUGAACUUCCGAUCUACCAUGAGUUGCACGGGAGUGGUCCAAGUCACGUUACCAAUACCCAGUCUCUCCUCAACAGGCACUCGGUGCAGUUGCCUGGGGGUAUGAUCAGCCAAUCUCUUCUCCACUCCCUGUUGCAUACACCCGUGCGCGACCUGGGUCAGCCGACAGACCAUCGGCCCUUUCUCCGAGAGCUGCCGUUUGAGACCCGAGCUAGCUUGCCCGGCAGAGAGGCUGCCCAGCGACUGGUGGACACGUACUUCGAACACACCGAAUUUUUCUCCCCUGUCAUAUCGUCCAAAGAGGACUUGCUAGCUUCUUUGGAGCAAUUGUACUCCGGCAGUAUUCCUGGCGAUGAGUCAGGCUCCUUGACGGCACUGCACAGGUUCCGCGUCUUUGCGGUUUUUGCCACGGCCGUCCUACUCCUCAACAGGACUGACUCGUCGUUCCCGAUAUCCAGAGCUGAGGGUUACUUUGCAACGGCUAUUCAUGUCUUCGCCCAGUACCCGGAUCUGCUUUGCGCCUGUGACUCCAGCCAUCUCUGUAACUUGCUGCUGCUCAUUCAGUAUAGCUGUUUCGCAUCAGAUCUCACGGUAGUCUGGCACUUUCUAGGUCUCGCGACUCGGCUAGCCAUCGACCUAGGCUUACAUCAUGAACGGCCAUCCACGACAGAGGUUGACCCAGAGGAGAACAAACGUAGGUGGCUGUUCUGGACAACGUACACAUUUGAGAGAACAGUUUGUGUCAUUAUUGACAGGCCAUUCUCCAUCCCCGAUGAGGCCAUCACGACGUGCCUGCCGAUACUUCAAGGUGUCGAUGACCGUCGAUUUCUUGCCUUACGGCUGAUUGAAAGCCGCAGGCUGGAGUCGGAAAUCUACGUGACCCUCCGUCAGAGCUCGCCAAUAAAUGGAGCCGUCCUAGAUUUACCUACGUGGCGUGAAAACAUGCGGCAGCGAUUGAUGACAUGGCGAGCCUCGGCACCAUCCUCGCUUGUGGGCUCAUCUCAACUGGCUCCUCUGGACCUGUACGACGCUCUCCUCCACAAAAGUCUGAUAGACCUUUACUAUCCUUCAACAUCCCCCACCGGCCUAUCGCACCACGAUGCCCUCAUACUUGCAACCAGUGCCGCGGCAAGCAUCGGGGGCAUUAAGCAAGCCUUUCGCGAUGGUCGGCUACGCUUUUACUGGCGAGCUGCCCAUAAUCUAUUCAAGGCUGGUGUCGCAAUGGUUUUUUGCAUCCACCACCAAAUCGUGCAUGGCUCUCUCAACAUGGACCACGCAGACAUGGUUGCAAGUGUUAACACAUGCGUCUCGAUCCUGUGGGGGAUGGUUGAACGGUAUCCUGCGGGGAAAGUAUAUCGAGAUGUUUUUGAAGGCCUGUCCAACUCGGUACUGAGCUCUCUUGGACGGUCUCCUGGGAAUGGCCAGGUACAAUCAGGUGCAGGAUUACAAGAUGUUUUGACACCAAACUUGAUUAGGGGAUUCGAUCUCCCUCAGGAGGUAUUGGACACAUUGAGUAGUGGCUUCGCCUCGUGGGAAUACCAUCAGCUAUAA